AUGUCCUACCUUACCUACCUAGCUAUUUUACCUGACCUUGGGGACCUUGGUUGUCUUUCCCCAGAGAUACCCCAAUCCGCAACAGGCCUUGCCGACCAGGCGGCCCGCGACGUCUUUCACCAUCCUCUUAGCCCCUCCCUCGAGGACCUCCGCCGCCAGCAACGCCUCAUCGUCCGCGCCAACAGACGGAGCCGCGUCCGUCUGCCCACCGGCCGCGUGUCGCCACCGCUGCACGUAUCUGUCUGCCGAAGGCUCGAGAACGUCCAUCCUGCAUCCAUUGAUGCCGCGUUAGCUGCGAAGAGAAGACGACAGGACAUGCGCCUGCGCAGGCACCUGACGAACGAGGCGCGCCCGCAGAAGCCCAUUGUCACGCCCCAGACGACUGAAUCAGUAGUGAAGCCGACUGUUGACCUUGCGACGCACCCUCAAGAGCCGACAAUGCACUUCUCAGGCCAAAAAUCUCAGAAUGCCCCAUCUGUUCCUCCGCGCAACCCAGGUCGAACCUCUAGUCGGUUCCUCAAACCGAGGCCGAUAUCAUCGGUCCGGAGGCCGAUUCUGAGCCAGCGGCAACCAAAGCUGCGUCGGGACUCCGCGACGCAGACAGUCCUAUCGCAGGGAGGGCUUCCGAACAGCGCGCAUCAAGCUGUAUUCUUGGGCCAUAGGUCCUCCAAAGCUCAGGGUCAAGCCUCGCCUGUCCAUGUCAGGUCUUCACUGGAGGUUGACCCUACAUUGUGGGAUGCCGUCCGUCGCAGCCUUUCUCAGCAAAGCCACAUCUCAUCCCUCAUAUCGCCUCUUGAAGCCAUAUCUGUAUCUUCAGGCCCAUUGCCCCCAUCGCGAACUUCCAGCCAACGCAAAGCUCUUGACCAGUUCACGCAGCAGCUCGAGACAUUCGCUAAGCGCAGAGGCGUUGCGGGUAGGGUUCCUGUCUUCACACCUACACCACAAUCAGCAACUUCAUACCACACGGUAUCUGCAUUACUUCCAUAUCAGGCGGAGUUCCAAAGUGCCGGGUUGGCUGUGACAUCUAUACAACAACAAGAGCGCUCUCCAGACCGAAAGAAAGCACCGCGAGCUCCCCUCGAGGCGCUCAUCUUUUGCGAUCACAGAACCUCCAAGCUUCGGGAAUCUCCCAAUGUUCGCAGCGAGGAUGAGAUCGGCGCGUUUCAUCUGGACGGGACAUCAACUGCUGGUAGCACACCAAUUCCUCAAAGGUCGCUAAAGACGCCCAGAAAAGCUCUGCGACAAGGUCAGCCUGAGAAUACUGGCCAUACGCAACGGAAGCACCAUCGCCAUGAUGUACGACAUGUACGGCAACCAGAUCUCACGUCACAAGACGGGACCGCACCCGUACCAAAUUUCGCAAACCGGCCGGCAGUCGAGCUCCCUACGCAGUCCAAUCAUAUUCAAAAUGCCACUCCCACAAAACCGACAGGGCUGCGUCAAAGACACAAUCAGCACUCCAGAUCACCGCCUAUAGACUACUCCGCGCUCAAAGGUCUACGAAAGCCUCCACAACUGCAUGGACAGAGAAGUACGCUGCAUCGACCGGCGGGACAAGCCGAGAAGGCUGCUACAACCGAACACAGACGAUCCAAAGCGGAAAUACCUACAUCUAUAAAUGCCAGGGCAUCUGCGGUUGGCCGUCCUGCGACAAUCACUGAAGAGCCUACUCUCCCCGGAGUUACUUUAGAUGGGAUAUCGAAAAAUGCCAAGGCUUCAACUGUUAGCCCAAGAGGAAGACCUGGUCAGUCGCUCAGGAUCUCGGCUCGACAGCCGGAACGAAAAGCCCGCGAGAAGCUUGAACUGGCCAAGAAGCAUCGUGACAUGCAGCGAGCUCACCAGCGGCCAUCCAGUAUCUUCAGCGGUCGAGCGCCUCUGCCUAAAGAGCCCGCCCAUCCCCCUCCGUCACCACCCGCGCCAACUAUAGGCUCAACGAAAGCCAGCCUUGUCGCCAAAUGUGCUAAAUCCGGCAUGUCCGUGCUGGAGAUACCACCCAUGUGGGCACAUGAAGUCGAUAAUGCAUCCUCACUGAGGACGGUGCUUUUAGAUGCCUUGGAAACGCUACAAAAGGAGGGAGAUGCAGUUGCGGCAUCGCUCGCACCAGUACAGAAGGAUGCCUCUCAUGGUCAAGGAAAAGAAAACGCAGUCCUAUCUCCCGCGGAUCCGGAGAUAUCUCUCCCUCGGGGUAAAUUGUCUCCUCAAGCUACAUCUUUUGAAGGCACAGAAACAAAGCCAGAACUGAGCGCUGAAACUACCAGUGCUUCCGGCGCUGACGUGCUAUCGGACAUACGAACACAUUCAGCGGCGGGUGUUUCGCACCACGAGGCUACUGACACUCCGGCCGUGAAUACGGGCUCUGCGCAACCCGGUUUUCAAGGCGGGUUCGACGACCGAGACGUCCUCCGAGGCUUACGUAUUGCAACUUCUGCAGCGUGCGAUGAUGACGUGGACACAUGGAUACGGGAGAAGACUGGAGUUUGGAUACGGCGGUUCUUGGCGGACCUCAGGGCGUUUGAGGUGCUCGGGAACGAGCCGGAGCCGGAACCGGAACAGCCGGAACAGCGGGCCCGGCGACGGAGGGCAGAGCUACGUAUACCCAAGGCGCAGGCACGUCGGUCGCAAAUGGCACAUCAGGGGUUGAUGGCAAGGCACUACGUGAUACGUGAACGAGACAAGGGGGGGCAACCGCGCCGGCGAACCUGCGACUGUUUCGGCGCCGGUACGCCGGUCGCGCGCUCCGGGUAUCACCACGUGCGCCAAUGGCUGCGGAUACUGUACUCUCACCGGAGCGCCGAGAGGUGCGAUUUGCCGAACGGCGUGGCAGACGCGGCAGACGCGCGGGAGGCGUGGCCUUUGCCGAGUCGGGCGCUGUCGCGGAUCCCUGGCCGUUGA